CACAACUCGGAAUGAGUAGAACAUGUGUUCAGACCAAAUAGAUUGUUUACAUUUGCGAAACAUGCGUAUUCCUUGGAUUAGUAUAUUCCUCUGAAUACCUUGAAUACAGAUUAAAGUUGUUGCAGCUGACACAAUGACCAAGUUAGCUGAAGGUACCAAACCAAAAAAGAACAUCGUAAAGAAGAAGAAAAUCAAGAAUGCGGGAGAUACGGUCAUAAAAACAAAUGGGAUUAAAAAGAAAUUGAAAAAAAAGAAGCACCCUGGCACACUGGAAGGAUGUGAGAAUGGAAGUGUACAGAAGAAAAAGACAAAAAAAAUUAAGAAAAAUGAGGAUGUUGCUGAGGCUUUAGACCAGCAGGAAGAUCAGGUUAUGGAUUUUGAGGAGGAAGAAGAGCAGGCAGAGAAUUUUGUAGAGGAGGAAAAAGCAGAAGAGAAUGAUUUGGAAGAAGAUCAGAGUGCAGAUGAGGAGACAAAGGAGGAGAAAAAAAAGGAGGAGGAACCCAACCAAAUGGGAAAACAGCUCUUUGAAGACCUAGAAGAUCUGUCAGACAUGAUGAAAGAGAAACUGAAGGAGAAAGGUUUCAAGACUUUGACCAGGUUGCAGGAGAAGAUCAUCCCAAAGAUCCUGAGUGGGGAGGACGUGCACGGGAUCAGCAAGAGUCGGACAGGGAAGACCUUGGCGUUCAUCAUCCCCAUUGUUGAAAUGUUGAAUAGGAUUGCGGAUACAGAGACUGGUGUUGGAGCAAUAGUUGUGUCCCCAAGUGAGGAACGAGCAUUGGAGACACAGAAGGUUUUCCAUUCCUUCGUAUGUGACCUCCGCAUCCGUGCAAGGUUGAUGACAUCAGGAGGAAGGAUGGGUAUCCCAUAUAAUCAUUAUGCUUUGAACAUCAUUGUGGGUACACCUGAACAGCUGCUGGAGGUUCUCCCCUUCAGACAAUUCAAAAUGCGCUUUUUAGUCCUGGACGACCCAGAUUCCAUAACUGGUAUGGGUGCUACAAGGAUGCUGAAGCAGGUCUUAAAUGUGAUACCAGAACCCAGGCAUACCUUGCUGUUUAGCUCAUCCAGCAACGCCAACAUGCAGUCCAUUGCAAACUUUACACUAAAAGCCAACCCCGUGGAAAAUAUCCCAAGUGACUGGCAGAUGAUGGAACCGGAUGAACGUGUGCAACAACAGCAACAAGUGACACAACCUGAACAUGUGCCAAAUAACCUCGAGCAAGUGUACAUCGUCUGUCCGACAGACAAAAAGUUUCAAGUGUUGUUCUCCAUCACUUUGAAAAACAGAAGAAGGAAGGUCAUGGUUUUCAUGAGAGACGACAAGGAGGUUGAAUUUUAUGGCUAUCUGUUCUUCAAGCUGGGACUGCCAGUUCUCUAUUUACGCGAAUCACAAGAUGAAUAUAAACAAAAGAAAAGUAUAUUUAUGUUCAAAAAUACCAAAUUUGGGAUCAUGUUGUGCACAACUGAUAUCAUCAAGGGACACUGCUUUUCCAGAGUGGAUUUAGUCAUACAGUAUGACCCUCCCAACACUGUCAGUGAGUACUGUGAGCGCAUUGGCAGAGUUAGCCGAGCGCCCGAUAGCUCAGCCUUAAUGCUGAUGAUGAAGGAGGAGAAGAAGUUUGCUAAAACCCUUAAAAAGGAAAACAUAAAGUUGAACAAAAUCAAGGUGACUUGCCUCGCAGUUGAGGAUAUUCAGCAAAAGAUUAUACAGUUGAUGAGGGAGAAUGAAGUGUUGCAGGAAAAGGCAAUGGAUGCAGUGCCGGAUUAUAUUAAGUCAUCGGAAGAAUUUCUCAAUAACACCCUGAAAAAUCCAGAAAAGUUAGACCGAGCCAAGGUUUUUAUGAGCUUUGGUUUGAAGGCCUCUAUGCGUGCACAGAUAAUGAAAAAGAAGAGAGAAGAAGAGGAAGAAAAAGCCAAAGAGGAACUGGAAAGAUCAGAAAAUGAGAGGAGAGAUGGUCAGUCGGGAGAUGAUGAGAGAGGCGGUAGAGGAGGAGGAGGAGGAGGAGGAAAGCCAGAUUUUGGUAGAGGGGGCGGUAAGGGAGUUAGACGAUUUGAUUAUGGCGAAGAAGAAGGUAAGGGUGUUAGACGAUUUGACUACGGCAAAGGGGGUGGUAAGGGAGGCGAACGACCAGAGUUUCGCAGAGGGGGUGGUAGUAGAGGUGGACGACCAGGCUUUGGCAAUAGGGGCGGUAGAGGUGGUGGACGACCAGACUUUGGGAGUAAGAGAGGUCGGGGUGGUGGACGUCCAGAUUUUGGCAAGGGGGGUAGUAGGGGAGGUGGUAGGGGAGGAAAGCGACCAUCAUUUGGUGACAGGUGGUAGAACUUAUCAACAUGAAAGGGAAGGAAAGAAUUCAGAGAAUAUGUACAUUUUCUAUUCCUUUCUGUAAUAUAAAAUAUCUAAUAAUUUUAA